CCCCCUCCCCCUCCCCAGUGUCGCGAGUUGGCGCCGCUGCCACCCCCCGCUCUGCGCUCUCGGCCCCUCGGCCGGGCGGUUCCGAGCCCUCCCGCUGCCCCCUUUCCCCCCCUCCCUGCUCCGGCGCCUGCUUUUCUUCCCCGCGGGACUGACCCCUCCACCUCUGCUCCAGCGCCCCCCCCACUUUUUUUUUUUUUAAUCUCCCCGCUGAACCGCGGCGGCAGUAGCCGGAAUAGCCCAAGCCGGGAGGCGGCGGUGGCCGGGGAGCCCAUGGCGUACAGUCAGGGAGGCGGCAAGAAGAAAGUCUGCUACUACUAUGAUGGUGACAUUGGAAAUUACUACUAUGGACAGGGUCAUCCCAUGAAACCACAUAGAAUUCGCAUGACUCAUAACUUGCUGCUAAAUUAUGGCUUAUAUAGAAAAAUGGAAAUAUAUAGACCCCAUAAAGCCACUGCUGAAGAAAUGACAAAAUACCACAGUGAUGAAUACAUCAAAUUUCUACGUUCAAUAAGACCAGAUAACAUGUCUGAGUAUAGUAAGCAGAUGCAAAGAUUUAAUGUUGGAGAGGAUUGUCCAGUAUUUGAUGGACUCUUUGAGUUUUGUCAGCUCUCAACCGGUGGCUCAGUUGCUGGGGCAGUGAAGUUAAACCGACAACAAACUGAUAUGGCUGUUAACUGGGCUGGAGGAUUACAUCAUGCUAAGAAAUCAGAAGCAUCCGGAUUCUGUUACGUUAAUGAUAUUGUGCUUGCCAUCCUUGAAUUACUAAAGUAUCAUCAGAGAGUCUUAUAUAUUGAUAUUGAUAUCCAUCAUGGUGAUGGUGUUGAAGAAGCUUUUUAUACAACAGAUCGUGUGAUGACUGUAUCUUUCCAUAAGUAUGGGGAAUACUUUCCGGGUACUGGAGACUUGAGGGAUAUUGGUGCAGGAAAAGGCAAAUACUAUGCUGUUAAUUUCCCAAUGAGAGAUGGUAUAGAUGAUGAGUCAUAUGGACAGAUAUUUAAGCCUAUCAUCUCAAAGGUUAUGGAGAUGUAUCAACCUAGUGCUGUGGUGUUACAGUGUGGUGCAGACUCACUAUCUGGUGAUAGACUUGGUUGCUUCAAUCUGACUGUCAAAGGACAUGCUAAGUGUGUUGAAGUUGUAAAAACUUUCAAUUUACCAUUACUGAUGCUUGGGGGAGGUGGAUACACAAUUCGUAAUGUUGCUCGAUGUUGGACAUACGAGACUGCAGUUGCCCUUGAUUGUGAAAUUCCCAAUGAAUUGCCAUAUAAUGAUUAUUUUGAGUAUUUCGGACCGGACUUCAAACUUCAUAUUAGUCCCUCAAAUAUGACAAACCAGAACACUCCAGAGUAUAUGGAAAAGAUAAAACAGCGUUUAUUUGAAAAUUUACGCAUGUUACCUCAUGCACCUGGCGUUCAAAUGCAAGCUAUCCCAGAAGAUGCUGUUCAUGAAGAUAGUGGAGACGAAGAUGGAGAAGAUCCAGAUAAGAGAAUUUCUAUUCGGGCAUCAGACAAACGAAUAGCCUGUGAUGAAGAAUUCUCAGACUCUGAGGAUGAAGGAGAAGGAGGUCGUAGAAAUGUGGCAGAUCACAAGAAAGGAGCAAAGAAAGCCAGAAUUGAAGAAGAUAAGAAAGAAACAGAAGACAAAAAAGCAGAUGUUAAGGAAGAAGAUAAAUCCAAGGACAAUAGUGGUGAAAAAACAGAUACCAAAGGAGCCAAAUCAGAACAGCUUAACAACCCUUGAAUUUGAGUCUCAUCAAUUUCAGAAACCAUAAAAAAGUGAAAGUGAAACUAUUGGGAAGAAAAUGUCUUGGGUUUUUUUUUUUUUUGGAGGACUUCUGGCUUCAUUUUAUACUAUUUUGGCAUGGACUGUAUUUAUUUUCAAAAUGGCUUUUUUGUUUUGUUUUUCUUGGCAAGUUUUAUUGUGAGUUUUCUAAUUAUGAAGCAAAAUUUUCUUUCUCCACCAUGCUUUAUGUGAUAGUAUUUAAAAUUGAUGUGAGUUAUUAUGUCAAAAAACUGAUCUAUUAAAGAAGUAAUUGGCCUUUCUGAGCUGAUUUUUCCAUCUUUUGUAAUUAUCUUUAUUAAAAAAUUGUACUUGGA